AACAAGGAUUUGGAUAGAUUGGGAGAAGCUAUUUACCUUGAUCCAGGCAUAGUCUACUCCGAGAGCAUUGGAAUCUACUUCCCAAGAUAUCAACUACGAGCGGACGAUAGCGAAGAAUGCUCUGAUGAGGAGCCAAAGAAGAAGGAGCCAGUUCUCACAAAGUUUCCAGUCAAGGAAUAUGUUAAGUGGAGAACCUGCGAGGAACAGCAGGCCCAUGAAGCCAGGUUGUUGCAAAUACUGAAGGAAAAGGCUUCCGGGCCGAUUGUUCCAUUUCCGGAAAGGCCUGAGCUGGCUCCGCCGCGCACAGAAGACUUUCCAUUAAAGGAUAAGGCCGAGAGGUUCAUGGAUCAGGCUGAAAAGGAAGCUUACAAGCAGCGAUUAGUAAAACGGCUCAAGGAGAACUCCAGGAAUGCCCAGAGUGUAAUUAGGCAAAUAAGAAGGGACUGCGAGGAGAAGAAGCGAGCUAAAAAGAAGAAGGACACUUCUUCUGAUUCUGGCGAUACGAAGCCUCCAAUGGAAGCCAAGGAACCCGCCAAGCCCCCAGCAUCUAAAACUCCGCCGCCACCGCCACCACCUCCUCCUCCUCCGCCUCCACCCCCUCCUCCAACGGGCGGUGCCCCUCCAGCCAAGGGUGGAGCCCCUCCCGCCAAAGGUCCGCCGCCUCCCCCGAAAGCUCCACCACCGGGAACACCACCACCUCAAACAAAAACCACCUUCGGUCCACUGGCCGACGCUGAUCGCAUCUUUACGAACCUAUACGGGAAGCACGAUUGGACCAUCAAGGGGGCCAUGAAGCGAGGAGACUGGUACAAAACCAAGGAGAUCCUCGAAAAGGGCGACAUGUGGAUCGUCAACGAAAUCAAGACCUCGGGACUGCGAGGACGUGGUGGCGCCGGGUUUCCCAGUGGCCUCAAGUGGUCUUUCAUGCACAAGCCCCCAGAUGGACGUCCCAAGUUUCUGCUGGUCAACGCGGACGAGGGAGAGCCUGGCACCUGCAAGGAUCGUGAGAUUAUGCGCCAUGACCCGCACAAGUUGGUGGAGGGAUGCCUCAUCGCCGGAAGGGCAAUGGGGGCCAACGCCGGCUACAUUUACAUUCGCGGCGAGUUCUACAACGAGGCAUGCAACCUGCAGUUCGCCAUCGUGGAGGCGUACAAGAAGGGGUUCCUGGGAAAGAAUGCCUGCGGCUCGGGAUUCGACUUUGAUCUUUACGUGCAGCGCGGAGCCGGAGCCUAUGUGUGCGGGGAGGAGACCUCCCUCAUCGAGUCCCUCGAGGGCAAGGCUGGCAAGCCCCGCAACAAGCCCCCCUUUCCCGCGGACAUUGGGGCCUUCGGCUGUCCCUCGACGGUGACCAAUGUAGAGACGGUGGCCGUAGCCCCCGCCAUCUGCCGGCGUGGCGGCGCCUGGUUCGCCAGCUUUGGACGCACUCGCAACUCGGGAACCAAGCUCUUUAAUAUAUCGGGACAUGUCAACAAACCAUGCACUUUCGAGGAGGAGAUGUCCAUGCCCACAAGGGAGAUGAUAGAACGCCAUGCCGGCGGGGUGCUGGGUGGCUGGGAUAACCUGCUGGCCAUUAUUCCAGGCGGCUCCUCGACGCCGUGCAUUCCGAAGGCGGAUGUGGAGAAGGCCAUCCAUGAUUACGAUGGCCUGAUGGCGGUCAGGUCGUCCAUGGGUACCGGGGCCAUUAUUGUGAUGAACAAGGACACAGACAUCAUCAAGGCCAUUGCGCGGCUGGCCGCCUUCUACAAGCACGAGAGCUGCGGACAAUGCACGCCCUGUCGCGAGGGCCUCCACUGGGUGAACAUGAUCAUGCAGAGAUUCGUCACCGGACAGGCGCAGGUCGGAGAGAUCGACAUGUUGUGGGAGAUCACCAAGCAAAUCGAGGGCCACACCAUCUGCGCCCUGGGCGACGGUGCCGCCUGGCCGCCACAAGGACUCAUUCGCCAUUUCCGGCCUGUUAUCGAGCAGAGGAUCCAAGGCCGAGCAAAGGCCGAUCGCGAGGCGGCAGCCGCAGUACCCACGAAGUUUCCUUGCCAAACUAUUCCCACUUGUGCCGAUGCCCAGCGGGAUAUUUGUCCAAAAUAAAGCGUGCCAGCCAUAUCACCGUUUGCUCUGAAACAACC